CCGUUCUUCAAACAAAAGAAAAAAAAGAAAGAAAGAAAAGGAGAAGAAGAUCGGAUAUAGAUUUUGGUUCCGCAAAGGAUCUAAUCAUCGAAGAUUCAUUCGAUACGAGCUAUGAUCGGAAGCAGCACGAGACAAUCGGGGCCGUCAACGGCGGCGACGACCACCACCAGAACCAUAACCCUAGAUCCCAAUCCCUCCGCCUCCACAUCGCAAUCGCCAGAGGUAUUGGUGCUGAGGCUCAAUCGUAUUAAGAAGAAGAAGGUCAGUUGGAAAGAAGGAACCGUGGACAACGAAUUUCUCAACAAGAAAAGUUCCAAGAAGUGCUGCAUUUUUCACAAAGAAAAACCAUUCGACGAGGACGACAGCGACGACGAUGACGACGACCACGAUCGUACUAGUUCUUCCAAGAAGAAUGUGGAUGAUCAUCACCAUCACCACCACGACGACGGUGGUGGUUGUUCUCGGAGCUAGGUGCGAUUUUAACAAUGUUAUAAUUAACUGAUUCGAUUACCAAUACUUAUUCUGUUACACAUAUAUAUAUAUAUAUUUCCUGCGAGGAGUGAACUGUUGUUUAUAGGAUUAGACUUAUUGAAUCUCUAAUGGGAACUGUUUAUAUAUUAUUACAUGAUUGUUUUUCU